UCUUUGUAAGCCCCGUCUUGUUGCGCUCAGCCUCAUGGCGUCUGGCGGCCCCAUGAUGAACGGGGACAUCUCUCGCUCCCGCAGUCAAUCCGGCGCGCUGGAGGAAACCAUUAAGCAGAUGAACAUCCUCAUCCAGGAGAACCGAGACCUGAAAGAGGCCCUGCGCCAGACCAACCUGACCAUGAAAGAGCGCUUCGAGGGUCUGACGGCGUGGCGGGAGAAGCAGCGGCAGGAGCGGGACUUCCUGGAGGGCCGUCUGGAGGAAGCUCGGAGCCGCAUGGAGGCGCUCACCCUGGAAAACCAGGAGCUGAGCAAAAAGCUGGAGGCGGCCGGCGGAGACGCAACAGGAUGUGAGAGCGCGGGGCUGGUGGUCCUGCGGGCUCAGAUGGCCCGUCUGCAGGCUGAGAAGAACGACCUGGUGGCUCUGAACUCGGAGCUGCAGCUGAAGGCUGAGCAGGACUCGCACGACGACUCGUUCAUCGAGGUCAUCAAAGUGUCGGACGGAGGCGUGGAGGGCGUGAACGAGGCGUGCGGCGCAGAGCGCAGCAGACGUCCCGAUCUCAGCACGAUAGCGUCCCGGCUGGACAGCGAGGGCGUGACGGUCAGUCAGCUGCUGCACUGUCUGAGGAACGAGACGCAAAAGUGCGAGCAGCAGGAGGCGGAGCUGCAGGCCUGCGUUGCCAGAAUCAAAAAGCUGGAGCAAAGCAAGGGUGGAGAGGAGGAGUCGACUCAAACGGAGACCGAGGAGGGCUCUGAGAAGGCGGCGUCUGAGGUGGAGAAUCUGAAGUCUCAGGUGAUGACGCUCUUCAAGGAGCUGCAGCAGGCCCAGAGCAAGCUGGAUGAAGCUGAAGGCAUGAAGAAGAACCUGCAGGACAGAUGUCGGGAGGUGGAGCAGGAUGUAGUGACCUUGAAGGCUCAGCUGGUGGACAAGCAGGCCGUGCAGUCGGAGAACGACCGGCUGAAGCUGCAGCUGGGCAGCGUGCAGGCCCAAACGCAGAUAGAGCAGAGGAAGGCUGACGAGGACAGGAACAACCUGGCUCAGCUGAAGGAUGCGUACACCAAGCUGUUCGAGGACUACAACGAGCUGCAGGAGGAGCAGGGGAGGAGAGAGUCCCAGCUGGUGGAGAGGGAGCUGGUGGCUGAUAUGCAGGAGCGUCUGACUGCUGCCGAGGAGGCGCUGGCCGUCAAACAGAGCAGGAUCGACGAGAUGAAGCAGGAGAUGUACCAGAAGGAGAAGGAGCUGGAGACCAUCUCUGUCUUCCAGGCUCAGGCGGAGGUCUACUCCUCGGACUUCUACGCGGAGCGAGCGGCACGAGAGAAGAUCCACGAGGAGAAGGAGCGCCUGUCGGUUCAGCUGGAGUUCAUCAAGAAGCAGAACAGUCAGCUGCAGGAGGAGAUGGACUCUCUGGGCCGGCGUUCACUUAAUGAAAUGCAGCGGAGACACGGGUCGACUGCAGGAAGUCCACAUGGACCUGGAGCGUCUCUGGUUGGAAGAGGCGCUGACUGGCAGCAUCAGGGGAACAUCCCUGAACACGUCUGCCCCAAGUGCAACGAGAUCCUGCCGGACCUGGACUCCCUGCAGAUCCACAUCAUGGACUGCAUCAACUAGCCCUCUGUCACCUGCAGCUUUCACAACAAGCGUGGCUGCAUCAGCGCCGUUUAUACGAGUCUUCCUCCGCUUCCUCUGUCUGAUCCCUGACACUCCACGGAUCCUGCUCAAGCUCAGCGACGUGGGUUACAGCACUGGAGCGACGCUGCUUUUGGACGAUUUUAGCUUUCAGGACCGAGGAGAGACGUGGAGUUUGGCUUUGCAUGUUAAUAAAACAGCGUGCUGGCUCCAGUUUACUGUACGCCUAAAUGUAGCUGCCCAUCCUGCACAAUAACCAACCAAAGCUGAGCCUUGACAAACGAAGUGCAUUAAUUUGACUAAAUAUUUAGUUGCUAAAGGCUUUAAAGAUAAUUCUCUGUCUUCCUUUUCCGUAUAAAUUAAAAUUCUUGCGUGUAUUGUCUUGGUUAGGUACUUUAAGCUCAUAUUUAGUUUUUUGUGUGAGAGGAGUCUACUUGUUGGAUACUUUAUUAUGAAGUAUAUAUUUGAUUUUUAAAGUAAUCCUUGUUGGAACCUAAUAUAUUUACAGUGGUAAUAAUCAUGCAGGAAGCUCUCUGCCAAGUCUACACUGUAGGGUACAAAGGUUUGUAAUAGUCUGAAGAAAAUAAAAUCUUUGCUCCUGUCAUGUGACACAACCUUAAUAAAUUAAAAAUAAAUGUAAUGUAAUCAA